GAUGUCUCAGUUUCAUCUUGCAGUAACAGUUCUUCGUUACUGAGCAGUAAUCGUGGAGUAAAACUUAAAUGGGAAUCGACCCCCAUUGAAGCAAGUCUUCUGCUGGUGGUUCUCACUUUUGAGGCUUUAAUCAGUAUUUGAUUAGCUUUCGCUGUAAAAAGAUACGAGUCUGAAUCCACAUCGGAACGUUUGCUUAGAAAGUAACAAUGAGUUGUCCGAUGCGCAAUGGCGAUAGCGAUGGCUCGAUUAGUGAUCCCUUGGGAACAGAUGCUGGGAUGGUAUACGGGGAAUACUUGAUGCUGGAUAAAAUUUUAUCUGCUCAACGAAUGUUGUCGGUUCAGAAUAAUAAACCAGUUCACGACGAACAUUUGUUUAUUAUAACACAUCAAGCGUAUGAGUUAUGGUUCAGGCAGAUCAUCUUCGAAUUAGACUCCGUGCGCGAUCUUCUCAAUUCAGAAACAAUCGAGGAAUCGAAAACAUUGGAAAUCCUUAAGAGACUGAAUCGAAUUGUCCUCAUUUUGAAGUUACUCGUCGACCAGGUUCCUAUCUUAGAGACAAUGACACCAUUGGAUUUUAUGGAUUUUCGUAACUACUUAUCGCCUGCUUCAGGCUUCCAAAGUCUACAGUUUCGAUUGAUGGAAAAUAAAUUGGGUGUGAAGACAGAACAUAGGGUGAAGUACAACCAAAGGUACACACAUGUCUUCGGGACUGAUGCAGAUGCCAUUGAGGCCAUCGUCUCCUCCGAAAGUGAGCCAUCGCUCUCGGAUUUAGUACAAAAGUGGCUGGAACGGACUCCCGGGCUGGAAUCCGAUGGCUUCAAUUUUUGGGAGAAGUUCCAAAAGAGCGUUAAUGAUUUCUUGGAUGAGCAGGAAAGAAUGGCUAUGCACGAGAAAAUGGAGGCAGCUAGAAACUAUCGACUGAUGGAUAUCGAGAAACGCAGGGAUGUGUACAGAUCUAUAUUCGACCCGAGCGUCCAUGAAGCUCUAGUGAGGCGCGGAGAGAGGCGGUUUACAUACAAAGCAUUACAAGGUGCUAUUAUGAUUACCUUCUACCGAGAUGAGCCAAGAUUUAGUCAACCCCAUCAACUGCUGACUCUGCUCAUGGAUAUCGACUCCCUUAUUACAAAAUGGAGAUAUAAUCAUGUCAUGAUGGUCCAAAGAAUGAUCGGAUCGCAACAAUUGGGAACGGGUGGAUCAUCGGGCUACCAAUACCUACGUUCAACACUAAGCGACCGGUACAAAGUCUUCUUGGAUUUAUUUAAUCUUUCUACUUUCCUGAUACCACGCCAUGCAAUUCCACCACUCAACGAUAAUAUGCGAGACAAACUCAACGUUAUAUACGGUCUGUCGUCUGAAAAGGCUAAUCAUGACGGCAGCGCCACCAGCAAUGGAAAAAACUGAAAGAAUUCAUAUGGAUUUCUUGUUGUCAAUAUAUUAAUUAAAUUUAAUUUCAUCGUAAAUUAUAGAAUAAAGUAUAUUUCCUUGUCGGAACACUCUUAAUAC